UGUGUGUGUGUGUGUGUGUGUAAAACCAAAAAAUAACGAUACUCACGGAAUCCGUUUAGAUCUAAUUGAUUGAACAAAAGUUUCUGUAGCAUGAAGUAAACUUAGCCACUCACACAUUCUCUUCGGAAAUAUAAGCAAUGUUGACAUCUCCUGCAUCACUUGUCCAAAUCCCCGGUUGCUUUCCUAUUGUAAGAAAUUCAGUCGGGCGAAAAACAAAACCCACUCAGUUUUACACCGAGAUGAACAUCUGACAAAUUUCGCAUUUAAAGAUCUAUUUACGUCUUAUUGUUUAUCUCCAGCAAGGAUGAAGUUGGUCCUCCUGUUAGUGGUCUUCAACGUGACCACACACAACUUCGGCUUUACCCAGGCCACCCUUGACCCCAGCUACAUCACCCCUAUCUCUGACCCUAGCCAUACUACCUCCACCUCUGACCCUAGCCACACUUCCUCCACUUCUGACCCCAGCGAUAGUAAACUCACAGUCCCCCUGGAUCUGGCGUCGUUCGACACAGAAAGACAUACAUUAGGAUCAAGAGACUCGUCUGGUAUACGUAAGUCGAAAUCCUCUCCUGGCCUAAAUGGAUCCAAGUCCCCACCGGACCAGGAAGGAUCCAAAUCCCCAGCGUCGCCGUCAUCGUCUGGGGUACAGGAAGCAGGUCUUAAUGUGAGCUCUGCUACUGACACAACCACAACCAUGGCCAGCAACAUUCGCAACAAGAUCAGCGUCUGUCUCAGUUAUAUAAACGGUUUUAAAAACAAAUUUGUAAUGGGAACAUAUGGUAAGAGGUGGACUGUUGCUGACAAGGAGAAUCCACCCAAGACGUGCAACAAGGAGGACGGGGCGGAGUGUACCACAUCUGACGUGUACAUCCUGGAACCCUACCUUCCAGUUGUCCCUAAAUUUACCUCCUACAACGCUGGUGACUUUAACUCCGAAUUGGUGAAGUCCUUCUCGCUCCUCCAACACUACGUCAUAGCUCUCCAGCACCUCUUCCUCGACCAAGUCUUCUACAGAGGGUCCUACAUGACGCAAGUGGAUAGUACAGCACGUUACUUAGAGGGAAUCUUGGAUUAUCUCAAGGACUGUGUCUUAACUCAGGGACUCGUGCCAGAUAACCUCGUCACUCGCAGUCUGCAAGUUAUUUACAGACGGGAGUCCGAUCAAGGAAAAAGGAAUGUGAGAGACUUUGUGUUUCUUCGUGACACCUGAAGUUUGGCAGAAGUUUCCCUGCAUGUAUUAUAGUUUUUGUAAUGUUUAUUUGUCUAUCUAUCUAUUACACUCACAUCAACAUUAAGAUUUGGUGAUAAACAUAUAAACUGUUGAAUGAGUUGAAAAA